AUGGAGUCUCUGCUUCAGCAGUCCCGCGCCCUCUGCCCGUUCCUAAAGAAGACCGCCCCGGCUACGCUGCGAGCGCUCUCCACCACCACCAGGCCGAACUCGAGCGUUGUCGGAGGCACCAUCACCAACCUUCAGGUGGUUGCCAGGCGCUGCCCUGUCAUGGGCAAGGCUCUCGCGGUCCAGAGUGCCCGCAUUGCCCUGAGAAGUGGCGAGGCGAGGGCGUUUGGUACCUGUCCUCGCUCGGCUGGCGCUGCUGGCCUCGUCAGGGAGAACCUGCGCCGGGCACAUGGCAAGGCCCUCUGCCCGGUGUCAAAGAAGGGAUUGCAUACUACUGCUGCCCAGGCGGCCGUUGUUGAUCAGCAGACCCGUGGAAAGGGUAGAGCAGUCCCGGUCCCUCCGCGAGCCACCGUUGAGCAGCUGAACUGUGCGAGAGAGACGUUUGCUGGUCCCAAGCCAGCUAUCCCAUCGGCUACUGCGAAAUUCGACUAUGAGGGCUUCUACCGAGGCGAGUUGGACAAAAAGCUCAAGGACAAGUCCUACCGCUACUUCAACAAUAUCAACCGUCUGGCCAAGGAGUUUCCUCGGGCACAUAUGGCCUCCCCGGAGGACAGAGUGACCGUCUGGUGUGCCAAUGACUAUCUCGGUAUGGGUCGUAACCCUCAUGUGUUGAAGAGUAUGCACGAUACACUCGACAACUACGGAGCCGGUGCUGGAGGUACACGCAACAUUUCCGGUCACAACCAGCAUGCUGUUGCCCUAGAGAAGACGGUGGCAGAUCUUCAUCGGAAGGAGGCUGCUCUUGUCUUUAGCUCUUGCUAUGUUGCAAACGACGCUACCUUGGCCACUCUCGGCAGCAAACUGCCAGACUGCGUGAUUCUCUCAGAUAGCCUCAACCAUGCUUCCAUGAUCCAAGGUAUCCGCCAUUCUGGUGCCAAAAAGUACGUCUUCAAACACAACGACCUCGAGGAUUUGGAAAUGAAACUCGCCGCUUUACCACCUGGUAUCCCCAAGAUCAUUGCUUUUGAGUCCGUCUACAGCAUGUGCGGAUCCGUUGCCCCUAUUGAAGCCAUUUGUGACCUGGCCGAGAAGUACGGUGCUAUUACUUUCCUUGACGAAGUACAUGCUGUGGGCAUGUACGGACCACACGGUGCUGGUGUAGCUGAACAUCUCGACUACGAGGCUUACGCCAACCCUGAAGCAGAUAUCAGGGGCACCGUCAUGGACCGUAUCGACAUAAUUACUGGUACCCUGGGCAAGGCUUAUGGCUGCGUAGGAGGCUACAUAGCUGGAUCAGCAGACCUAGUUGACACCAUCCGCUCCCUUGCCCCUGGGUUCAUCUUCACCACCUCUCUACCUCCUGCUACAAUGGCUGGUGCGACUACCUCCAUCGAAUAUCAAUCUUCUUAUACCCGUGACCGUACCAUGCAGCAACUCCACACCAGAGCAGUCAAAUCUGCCCUAAAUGCAAACGAUAUCCCCGUUAUUCCCAAUCCAUCUCACAUCGUCCCUAUUCUCGUUGGAGAUGCCGAAGUCGCCAAGAAGGCAUCGGACAUGCUCCUGGAAGACUACGGUGUCUACGUACAAGCAAUCAAUUACCCUACUGUCCCACGCGGCGAAGAACGUCUCCGCGUUACCCCAACACCCGGCCACACAAAGGAAUACCGCGAUCAUCUUGUUGAGGCUCUCAAGGGAGUCUGGGAACGGCUCCGCAUUCGUAAGACCAGUGACUGGAAGGCCGCCGGUGGCUUCCUUGGCGUUGGAUCUGCCCAUGAAGAGAAGAACGUCCCUCUCUGGACAGAUGAGCAACUUGGUCUCGCUGCCGGUGAGAAGUUGGAGGCUGCCAUUGAACGCGAGUUGAAGGCCGAGGCAGCGCAUAGAGAACAGAUGAUCCGUGAAUUGGCCGGUGAAUGUGCAGCUGAGGCAAAGGAGUCUCAGUUCCAGCAUACCAAUCAGCCUAUUCCAGCCUCUGCUUAA